GGUUUUCACGAUACACUUAUUUUGAUUCCAAAAAUGGCUAUCAAUGUUGAACGAAAAGAAGGAUUGCCAAAGUUACGUGAAAUUUUGCGGCGCCAACGAGAUGACAUUGAUACAUCUAGUAGUGGAGAUGAGAGCGACAUAGACUUUCAAUAUGAAGAUGCUGACAACCAACAGUCUGAAAUAGCAGAGUUAUAUAGUUAUACAGAAGAAGAUGAAUUUGCACAAAGUCAAGAGUGCUUUGAAGAAAAUUUCAAAUCAAAAGGUUACACUGAGUGGAAGACCCUGUCAGAGACGGAUCGGAGGAAGUAUGUGGUGUAUCUGCAGAAUGAGCUAGAGGUGGCUGAGAGGGACAGACGAGUGCAGGCCCUCAGAUCCCUCCUCUAUCUGGCACAAGGGGUUUUUGGUGAGUGCUCGAGCCCAGAGGAUGUGCUGGAGACAAGUCGCUGUAACAUCCACCUGCUCUAUGAGCAUGGCCUCUACUACUCCCUGGUGGAACUACUCUCCAUGGAGGUCGAAAAUCAAGAACUUCUGGCAGCUGCCAUGAGAAAGUCCAAUGUGUGUAUCAAAGAUAGCGUCCAUUUGAGGAUCAUCCUCAGUGUCCUGUACACCAUGGUGGAGGUGAUGAGGUGUGACAGUGAACAGGAGUCAGAGGAACAGGGCAAGAACAGGGCACGCUUUGCAGAAGAACUACUUGAGCAGACAUCAGGCCAGGAGCUCCUCCCAGUGACCCUGUUUGCCAUGGUUACCAAGUUCUGCAGUGGGUCAGGCCCACACUUCCCCAUGAAGAAAACACUGAUGCUGCUCUGGAAAACUGUGCUGGUGUCUAUGGGAGGUCUUGACAAGCUACAGGUGACAAAGAACCGUUACCGAGAGCAGCACAGGUUACCUCCCCUGCCCGAGGACCCUGCAGAGGUUUGCAGGAGAAUGCGAGCCUCUUCUCCACCCGCCUCCGCCACAGAUCUGAUCGACCAACAGAUGCCUCACAGGGGCCUGCGUAGUGGACCCAACAAACGGUUACUCUCCCUCAAUAGUUUUAAGAGUUUGGUUAAACAGACUAGCUUUGGGGAGAACCCCUUCGACAAUGGGCCAGACAACGGUGAUAAUAUGGAUGAAAUGAUAAUGAUCGACAUAGAUUCUGGGGGAUCGGAGGAAAAGAUCACAGAUAAUUUUGAACUGCCCCCAACGCCUCCUCGUCCUUCGACCCCAUCUGUUGCCCCGCAGAAGUCAUUACCAUGGAAACCAAAAGUCAGAACGAAGGAUCUUGAGCAGUUUUUGGACCACACACGUGUCAAGUUUGUCGGGUUUCAAGUGAAGAACGACCGCGACUCCCUGGCAGGUCUUCCCUUGCCCAUACAUGAGGGAGUCAAGGUGCUCAAACAGCACCUGUAUGUGUCCCUAUCGGAACUGCAGAUCAAGCGUGAGGAGGAUAUAGCCAAGAACCCUCUGUCCCAGCCUGAGACAGAUGUACCCAACACUCCUGCAGAGGUCCUCUUUCAGGCCAUACUGCCCAACCUGCCGCAGUAUAUGAUUGCCUUGCUGAAGAUACUGCUUGCUGCAGCCCCAACAGCCAAGACCAAGACCGACUCCAUCAACAUCCUGUCUGACCUGCUGCCUGAGGAGAUGCCGACGACAGUGUUCCAGUCCAUGAAGCUGGGUAUCGAUGUGAGCCGUCACAAGGAGAUCAUCGUGAAGGCCAUCUCUGGCCUCAUCCUGCUGAUGCUGAAACACUUCAAACUCAACCACAUCUACCAGUUUGAGUUCAUGUCCCAACACCUGGUGUUUGCCAACUGUAUACCCCUGGUUCUGAAGUUCUUCAACCAGAUCAUAGUCAACUAUGUUACAGCCAAACAUAGUAUACCAGGCCUAGAUUUUCCAACAUGUGUAAUAAAUCCAGGAAAGGAACUUUCAGCAGAAUCACUGGAGAAGGGAGAUAACCAGCCUUACUGUUGGAGGAACGUAUUUUCAUGCAUCAAUCUUCUUAGAAUUCUUAACAAGCUCACAAAAUGGAAACACUCGAGAACUAUGAUGCUAGUGGUGUUUAAGUCUGCGCCCAUCCUAAAGCGUGCCUUGAAGGUGCGCCAGGCAAUGAUGCAGCUGUACAUCCUGAAGCUUCUCAAGAUUCAGACCAAAUACCUGGGCAGACAGUGGCGCAAGUCCAACAUGAAGACCAUGUCUGCCAUCUAUUCGAAGGUGCGACACAGACUCAAUGAUGACUGGGCAUAUGGAAAUGAUAUGGAUGCAAGGCCUUGGGACUUCCAGGCCGAGGAAUGUGCACUGCGGGCGUGCGUUGACAGGUUCAACAACCGUCGCUAUGCCAACAACGGGGCUGACCCAGACUUCAAGCCUGUAGAUAACUGUAUACUCAGUGUGCUAGGCCAAGACUUGGACCUUAGUGAGGAGUUCAAACAGAACUAUGAGCGAUGGCUCGACAUGGAAGUGUUUUCCAAUCAAAUUGACUGGGACCAAAUAGUGCAAUAUUGAAUUGUGUAUGGCUGUGCAGUAUCAGAUCUGAUAUGUAAUAGUGCUGAAGAAUUCUGUUUGUUCUACUAAUACUAGGAGUAUAUAGGAAUCAAUUUUUUUUUUAAUCUCGACAUUAGCAAAUAGUUUUCAUUAGGAUGUGUUGGUUUUAAAUCACAUCACGUGGUUUAAUGUUCUCCACAUCAGAAUAAAUGUGUGUUUGCUCUGAAUUUAAAUUAGUUUAUUGGUUCACUAUUUUAUAAAUAUAAAGGAUCAGGAUCAGUUAUGUUGUAGUUGUUACUUGAUAGUUUGUGCGUUUUUUUCAUAACACAAGUAUUUGUACUUUGUUAUUGUCAUUAUUGCAAUUAAUUUAUUUAUAAUAAAUGUACUUAAUUCAAAAGUAA